AUGUAUACUGCACGAGAGAGAAAUAGUGGUUGUAACGUCCCUGAUAAGUACCAUUGGUAUCCCGUACUUCGCAAAGAAGAUGCAAGGCUGUCAGAAAAUGGCCUUUUACCUGAGCAAAGAGAAUCUACUUGGAACAAACUCCACAACCACUUAUUCUCCUAUCAAAAUACAUUCCUAGGUUUUCAGGCUAACCAAAGUUUUGAUUCCGAAAGAACAAAACCAUUCUUGGAUAUCGCACUCAAUAAUUGUGGCGAUCCAUUCUCACCAUCUUCACAACACGCUACGAGCACUAAAGUCAUGGAGUGUGCCGUUCUCGAUUAUUUUGCUAAGCUAUGGGGGAUACAGCAAUCCGAUGCUUCAAAUGAGGAAGAACGCGCAUACUGGGGGUACAUUACAUCCAAUGGCAGCAGUGAAGGCAACCUUCUCGCUUUGUUUAAUGCAAGGGAUUAUUUGGCAGGCAUGCCACUCAAUGAUCAUAUAGUAGAUCCUGACAGCUCCAAAUCCCCAAACAGAAGAGACCUUGAUACCCAUGAAACUCGACCAAUCUGGGAAGAUAACGGGCAUUCUGUAGUUAAUAGAUCAAAUAAUCCCCGUAUGAACGCGUACGUUUCGUCUCACGAUCACCACACUGAAAAUGUGCCACUUGUGAAGGACAGUCCAAACAAUUUUAUACCAGUUGUGUUCCUCGCUGAAGAAAGUUAUCACGGAUUUGAAAAGGCAUUACGAGUGUUACAGAUCAAAACAUUCCGAGAUCUUGGCAGUGGAAAUUUUCCUUGUCCGUUGAAAUAUCCCGAUGACUACCCUACCAGUUUCAACGACGAAUUCCUGAAUCAAAACGGUUGGCCACGUGCAGUGCCCGUUGAAACUGAUGGCUCAAUUAGCAUCCCAUGUCUAGUGAAACUCGUCACCGCCUUCGUAUCGAGAGGCUUUCCUCCGCUGGUAGUUUUACAUGUGGUACCACAUUCAAAGGAGCUAACGACAAUCCACAAGCUGCCAUCAGUGAACUUGUGCCCAUUUUGAAAGAACAUGGCAUGUAUGAACGCCGUGUAUAUUCUCCAGAACACCCAACUAAAUCUGAUACUCGCAAUGGAUUUUGGUUUCAUGUUGACGGUGCCUUAGGUGGAGCCCAUCUCCGGUUUCUUGAGAUGGCAAUAAAUCAAGGUUUGGUUCGCAACAUGUUUCCAAAUGUUUUGCCCGUGUUUGAUUUCCGUAUUCCUGAAGUGAAAUCUAUUGCAAUGAGUCUACACAAGUGGUUUGGCUGUCCUGUUCCUGCUGCAGUAUUUAUGAUGAGAAAGAAGGAUCAAGUGAAAUCGCCUAACAAUCCUUUGUGUAUUGGUGGCCUUGAUAGCACUCUGUCCGGCUCCAGAGGCGGACACAGUGUAUUAGUCAUGUGGGAUCUGCUUUCAAAGAAAUCUUACGACGAUUUUAAAGAAAUAGCCGUAAGUGGAGUGCAAAUGUUGGCCUUUUCACUGAAAAAGUUACAAGAGCUGCAAAAGGAACUUUCCUUGGACUUGUGGUUAUCACACGCACCGGGUUCAUUGUUUGUUUAUUUCAGACAACCAAGAGAAGAUAUCGUGCUCCGUUAUUCUUUGGGUUCAGAACCGAUGAAAGUAAAAACAGUGGAUGGUACGUUCGAACAAAGGAUCUAUUCCCAUAUUUGUCUAAUGCCACAUGUAACCAAGAAUUUAGUUCUGCGAUUCAUCGAAGAGUUGCGAGGACCUGGAGCAUUUCCAAUUCAAAACUAACUUAUUGCAUUAUAAUGAUACAUUUUGGUUCUAUUUGUAGACGUAGCACAGACAACUGUAUAGGCUGCAGCUGCGCUUUUAUAGGAGCGCUUUUAGCAAGUAUUGGGAAGUAGACAUAGCUAGUAAUUAAUAAUAAUUAUUAGUUUUAUGUAUGUAUCAGUCUACAACAGUCGGCACACUACAGGACAAAUAACAUUCUCCGUUGCAUGUCUUUGUAAAUCAAUGUUCUGUUGUUGGCGACUUAAUCUGAAUAAUGGCUGAAAAAACUAGCACUAAUACAUACUAGGGUGAAUAAUUAAAUAUUUUGGGAUACGCACAAUAAAUGUUCAGGACACUGA